CGUCUGCCGUUGCGGGGACGUCGGUUGACUGAAAAAUCCGUGCGUAUUCGUGAGAACGAGACGUGUGGUGGCCUCCUGGCAGUGGACAUUGUCCGUUCGCCGCGUCUCCUCCUCGGCCGAGAAGAAAACCCCGAGCAGUUUCACGCGUUGCGUCGCGAAACGUCGCGACGCGAGCCGACCACGGCUGCAGAGAUUCGACGAGGGCAGCGGACAAACGAGCGCAGCCGAAGAUGUGUGGCGGCUUUACGUGCUCGAAAAAUGCUCUGACAGCGCUCAACAUUCUUUAUAUCGUUGUUGCCUUUAUACUAAUAGGAGUUGCUGUAUAUGGAAAAGCAUCAGCCUUAGUUACAAAUCUUCCCAUUAUUGGCGGUAUUUUAGCAUGUGGCGUGAUCCUGAUUCUUAUCUCUAUAUUAGGCUUGAUCGGUGCUGUUAAACACCAUCAGGUCUUAUUGUUCUUUUACAUGCUUAUCUUAUUCCUUUUGUUCCUCAUUCAAUUCAGCAUUGCUUGCGCUUGCCUCGCUGUCAACACAAAGCAGCAAGAACAACUUGCGGAACAGGGUUGGAUACACGUUGACAAAGAUUUGAAGGCCAAGGUUCAAACCACUUUUGGCUGUUGUGGAUUUAAUGGCACUUCCGACGACCCGGAUUUAUUCUGCGAUGAAAAAGUUUGUUGUCAAACAGCCGACACCCAUCCGUGUCCACCUUGUACUACAUGUAUGUAUAAAUUGCAAUCUACCAUUGAUUAUGCCUUCAAAUUGUGUGGCAGUAUAGGAUUAUUCUUUAGCUUUACGGAGGUGAUUGCAGCUUUCUUGGCGAGGCGUUAUCGAAAUCAGUUAGAUCCGCAAGAAAAGGCUGCAAGAGCCAUUUUUCCGCAACGUGAUUAUUUGUACUGAUGCGACAAUGCAUUUGCGAAAAAAUGGUUAAUUUUUCUUUUUUCUUCGUGCAAUUGACGUAAUAAUACUCUUAUCGAGUCUCAAAAGGCGUCAAAGACGUCAUCGCCAUUUUAUCAAGAUCAUUUUCGAUUGUCCGAACAUGUUAUGCAACGUCAGGUUAUUUUUUCAAAGGCUGAAAUUUAAAUUCUCGAAUGCUGCAACGUUGCCUACGCGCAAUGCUUAACAGAAAUAGAAACUGUUUCUUUUUUUUUUUUUGAUCGGGCAGUCAAAGAUUCUAGAUCGAGUUAGAGAAAUAAUAACGCAAAUGUGUGCUCUAGUCAUACACACUUAGAACAUUCAUACUAAGCCUCAAUGCGCCUUGUAGUCUAGAGACGAAGAGAAGGAAACAUCACGUAAGUAUAUCUGUAUUAAAUUUCUUUAUUUUGUUCUCAACUCGCCAAUGGAGAUGGAAAUGGUGAAAAUUUAAUUACAAUAACGCAAUUAUGCUGUUUAGUUCGACAAUUUGGACACAUCAUGAUGUGAUCUAAUCAUGGGACGAUAUAAAUGGGGCGAGAAAUUGAUUUUGUUUUUAAAUAUUUUUUUAUGGAAGAGAGUAUAGUUUAUCAUGGUAAUAACAGCAUAGAUGAUAACACCGAUGAUCGUGUCAUAAUCAUAUUUUUCUUGUAUGAAUAACAUCAUAUUACAUAUUAUAUAUACGUAACUAUUCUCUCAAUGAUAUAAUAUCUAGAAAUUUAUAUCUUCCCGAACAAAACCAAUUUUGUCAUAUCGUCUUUGAGUAUUUUUGGAUAACUUUAUAAUGUUUUUAUUGUAUCCGAGAUGAUAGUAUGUUACUUUAUAUAUCUCUCAAAUUUUCUAUAGCGCUAUAUGCAUUUUUCAUUUUAUACAAGAAAUUGUAAUCAAAAUAAUGAAAGGAGAUUCUAUUGUAUUUCUACACAUUCGAAAACUAACCUGGAUGAAGUUUGACUUGUUUUUCUAACAAGCAUUACAUAUUUAUAAGUUUUUUUACGUUUUAAUAUUUGUUCUUCUAUUUGCUUGUUAUAUAUCGUACAUAGAUACUGUGCGAGAAAAUAUUACGAAUCCACAUCAAAUAUAAGUAAACAUAUAUCAAAUCUUAUUGUAUGGUAAUGCCAUCCGUGUGAUAAUAUAAAGUUUAUCAUAUUUCAAGUUUCACACAUGCACUAAAAAAUAUCCAGUACGAAUGCUUUGCUUGAGACAAAUUCUGAUUGUGCACUAUAAGAAAAUUUAUAAAUAAUAAACUGAAUAUAAGAUAUGUGUGUCUUAAAAGACCUGGUGGGAAAUUAUCGACGAACUUUGUAAUAAUCUCACUUUCUUGCAUAAUGCAGGAUUCUUAAUGGAUCCUUCUUGCAGAUUUUUAUCUUUCGCGGGCAUAAAUGAGGAUAUUCGAGUCAUUUUGUCGACUCGUCACUCGACGUAUGGCCGCAUAAGUUCAAGAAUAAUGAAGAUUGCAUCCUAAUUAAGGAGAAAAAUAUUUAUUAAAAGGUAUCUCUCUUGCGAAGUGAUAUCCCGCCAGGUCUUUCUCGGGCAAUAUAACGAAAGCGUAUCUUUACAAGAAACGUGAAUUUAAUGUGCAUGGAAAUAUUGUACGUUUACAUCGUGCCCGUUCUAGACAUUAGAAAAUAUAGCAUAUUUUCUAUCCAAUCCUGUUACGUGAGAUAUAGAUGGGACGAUUGUCGCUGUUAUUUUUCUUAAUAUCACAUUAAUUUUUUUUUUUUUUAUGCGAAGUUCCAUAUCAGAGAGGCUAUGAAAAUACAUUGUCUUCGCAGUUCAAUAACGAAUCGAGCUCGUUGCUGUGCAUUGGUAAGAUCAGAGACUUGACGAUUACUGACGAUUAAUGAACACGUGAAAACAAGAUUCGCGGGAUUCGUUAUUGGACGAUAAAAUUAUCUAGUUUAAUGUACUAUGAAAAAUGUGUGAAGAUCCGUUCAAGGAGGAGUGUUUGAUUCUGAAUAAAUUCUCGCGAUGACAGCUGUGCCCUACGAUUCGCGACUUAUUGUUAAGUAACUAGCGAAUGUAUCUUCCGACGAGCGUAAGAAAUGAGAUCUCGCCGACAUUCCGAUUUUUACGCACCUCCGCCUGGCUUCGGUAGAAACGUGCAUAUAUUUUGUAUAUGUACGGAAUAGGGCUCGUGUCGUACACGCGAGAUAUAUACGCUAGCGUAACUCCUAUACAUAUUUUUACCUUAAUACGUAUCAUAAUCGGUAUAACCGUAACUAGUACUAAACAAUUAAUGUAACGUACCCGUAAAAGAGCUGCGAACAAUCGAGGGAUUCGGGACUGGCGUGUGCGUGCGAUUUGCGAUUUUCCGUGAUCGGAAAGAUUAACCGAGAUCAAAACUAGCUGCGCGAUUAUACUACGCGUACUGCGUGCGACAGAUGCUUCGAAAUCAAAAUCUGAGGAGGCGCGCGCGGGAGGAUUUAAAUAUCGACAAUCCUAGGUAGUGGCGGUCGUGUAAAUGUGUUGGUACGGAUGAUGUACGAAUUACACUCGAUUUAAUGUCCUGACGCGCAUCGAAUUGUGUUGAUUCUACAUGUAUCCUCCGGAGAUGCGUGGGAGCUCGAAAGAUCGCGCCGUUCUACCUUACACGGUUCGAGAUAAAUCGAUUCUCGAGUACCCGCGCACCUUCGAUAUUCGUAUAAUCCUAUGAAAUAUAUGGCCUCUAGGCAGAAUGAUUGACUUAUAAUUUCAAAACAAUGCUUUGUGCCCUAAAUUUUGAUCUAAGUUAUCGUUUGCUUAUUUUUCUCCUGUACAACGUUUCGUCAUCGAUCGCAAAUAGAACGUCUUUUUUAAUUUAACAGGCACAAGACAGUCGUGCGUUUCUUGAAGACUCAAGGCGUAAAAUAUUGUCUUAAAUCGAUAAGUCAGCCAUUCUACUAAGGCCCAUAGCCUAUGUUGAGUGCAAAGUUAAAAGGAAGCAGAAGAAAAGAAAAAAAAAUACUCAAUUGUAGUCGUAGAAACAUACCGUUGUGCGCGACGCCGACAAAUUGUAUCAGAGUAAGCAAUCGAGCAGCUGAGUCAGUCGUCAGAGCUCUCCACGUAUAUAGUGAUUGUGAUAAAUAAAUAAACAAACGAUGAAUCAG